AUGGCGAGGCCGACGCGCGGACGGGUGCCGCUGCUCGCGGCGGUGGUGGCCCUCUGCGCCGCCGCCUGCGAGGCGCUGGCGGCCGCGCCAUCGGGGCUCUCGUCGGAGGCGUCGGCGGGCGCGGCUCCAGUGGCGAUCCUGGUGUCCGGCAUGCUGGACCGGCUGCUGGUGACCCCGCUGAUGGAGAACCUCGUGCGCGCCAACGUUGAUGCAGGCACCCCUGUGGACAUCUUCUUCGGGAUGAAGCCGCAGAUGGACGGGCAGAACUACGCGUCCAACAAGGGAGAGAGCAAGUGGCUGGUGUCGGAGGCUGCGUCGCAGAGUUACGCGAAGGACCCGAGAAUGCUCAGGCGAAGGCUGCGCACCGCGAACGUCUCCAACAAGGAGCUAUUCCGGCGGCUCUGCGAGUGGUCAUUCGAAGCGGGCGCGGGCAGGUGUGUGACGGAGGAGGAGACGGAGGAGCCGCUCGAGCUGCCCGACGACCAGGCGCACCAGAGCGUCAUGUCCUACUACAAUCCACUCUCGACGGCAACGGGCCAGAACGUUCUGAGAAAGUGGCGUACCAUCGAGAGGCUCCUGAAGAAGGCGAAGAGGGUGGAGCUGGCGCACCGUUUCCGGUAUAACUCGGUGCUGAUCGUGCGCGACGACAAUUAUUGGCUCACCCCGUACAUAUUCGACACGAUGGAUUUCGAGGCUCACCCCUCCACGCUGAGGUCUACCUCCUGCCUGGAGGCGCACGGCGUCAACGACAAGGUGCUUCACCUGGGCCGGGACGCCAUGGAGCGGGUGGGCUCCGCCUACCAGGCCUGGAAGCGGCUGCCCUACAGCGCGCUCGCGGACAGCCGCAAUGCCGAAGAGUUCUUGUAUAAGCUGGCGGUGUUGGAGGGUGUCGGGAUCAGGCCGACCGGCUUCGGGUACGCACUUGGGACCAUAACGGAGAGCGGGAUCCCCUGCUUCCGCAAGCAGUCUUACAACCUCUCCGACAGGGGCGGCUACCACAAGUGCCAUGACGAGGCCACCGAGGACAGCCCUGUCACUAAGCUGUUCAGGACCUUCAGCUGCGAUACCAUGAACCCGGCCUUCUUCAAUGCGCUGAGCAGCGACGAGGUUGCCGCGCUCAGGGGCACAAUUCUGAAUGCGUCAGGGGGGGCCUAUAAUGUGUCUGUCGUGUUCAUCAUCGCCGACCUCGCCCACAUCGACAAGGCCCUCAUGACACUGGCCAGCUUGCGGUCAGCCGACCCUUCUGCGAGGGCCGUCGUGGUGACCCAGGUGCAGGGCUGCAUGAGGAUCACUCGCGCGACCGGCAAUUCCGCGUGUGUGGAGAUUCCCCGGGUACUCGACGUCCAGACGGUCAAGGUCGCCUUGCUCACCACAGCCGUCUUCAGCGGUGCGGCUGGCGGCGUCCUCUUCGCGGAGCCUGGGGUCGAGUUCCAGGAAGGCCCUAUCGCGGCGUUCGCAGAGGUCAGUGCUGGCCACGAUGUCGUCUUUGCCCCGAGGCAGUCCGCGCAGUGUGAUGCGAUUACCGCCAGCGCCGACGUCAGCGGCAGCCUGUUCUACGUGAAGAGCACGCCGGGAGGGUCGCACGCGCUCAUGCGGGCGUGGAUGUUCUUGGUCGAGCAGAAGCUCCCUGGAGGCUACUACGUGGGCGAGCGGGUCGUCUCGGGCAUCAACUACACGGGGGCGGGAUUGCCUCUGAACGUGGGCGACGCUGGAACUGUCAGGGGACCGUCCCAGAAGGACUUUGGGCGGAUCGUCGUCGACUUCGACAGAUUGGCCUCGACGCCCAGGCCCGGCCUCGCGGUGCUGCCGAAGCAGCUCUCGCCGAGCGGCUCUCGGUCGCUGCUCGCGCGCGCCGUUGCGGCCUCCACGGGCGUGCGGGCGACGGCAGUGCCAUGCGGCCGGCUGGGCUCGGCGCACCUGCCCGAGGAGGAGUGA